UUCUGCUGCACAUAGUCAUGAGCAUUUGCGCUCGCGGCACAGCACAGCCAUACAAAGCAACAUGCUUACAAUGAAGCACAAACACACCCAGCACACAGUUAAUCUUUCGAUCGCCCCUCAUGUUAACCCCUUCCUGCCCAGUGCCAUUAGUACAGUGUCAAUGCUUUUUUUUUUAGCAUUGAUCACUGUAUUGGUGUCCCUGGGGAUGUCAGUGACACCAAGUCAGCUCCCCCCAGUGUCAGAAUGCCCGCUACAGUCCUGUCCCAUUAUACGUCACUGAUCGCCGCCAUUACUAGUGAAAAAAGAAAAAUCCAGUAUAUAUACCGCCAUUUGAAAACGCUAUAAAUUUCAUGUAUACCAAUUAAUUUA